GCACAACACAAUACAACAUUAACAAUGGCUGGAAUCAAACGUAAAGAAGCCCCCAAGGCUGUUGCCGCCGUAGGAUCUGGAUCGGAGAAGAAGCAGAAGCUGGCCUCGACAGGCUCGUCCAAGAAGAAGGCCGCCCCGGUCAAGGAACCCACGCCCGAAUCCUCCGACUCGAGCGAGGACGAAGAUGAGCUGGAUGAAGAAGAGGAUGCCAUGUCUGGUGUCGAGCUUGAGCAGGAGGGUGGUAACAGCGAGUCGGAUGAGAAGAAGAUCAGAACUGGUCAAUCAUCAGCAGAAGCACACGCUGCCCAGCGCGCCUUAGCAAAGGAGCGCAAGGCCGCCAAACCCAACGCAGACAUCAUCGGCCGCAGUAAGAAGAUUUGGGAGAGACUGCGCAGGAAGUCACACGUCCCCACCGAGGAGCGCAAGGCUCUUGUCAGCGAGCUGUUCGAGAUCAUCACUGGCAGAGUCCGCGACUUUGUCUUCAAGCACGACAGUGUGCGUGUCAUCCAAUGCGCGCUCAAGUACUCCAACAUGCAACAAAGAAAGCAAAUCGUCACAGAGCUCCGUACCGACAUGCGCGAGCUGGCAGAGAGCAAGUACGGCAAGUUCUUGGUCGCCAAGAUGGUCGUCGAAGGUGAUGCCGAGAUUCGCAACAUGGUCGUUCCUCAGUUCUACGGUCACGUUCGCCGCUUGAUCAACCACCCCGAAGCCGCCUGGAUCGUCGACGAUAUCUACCGCCAGGUCGCUACCUCUUCACAAAAGGCCCUCAUGCUCCGUGAAUGGUACGGUGCUGAAUACGCUAUUUUCGGAAAGACCAAGGCCUCUCAAGGUCAGAUCGACGAGAAGGUCACAGCAGACCUCAAGGCAAUUCUCGAGGAGAACCCCGAGAAGAGGAAGCCUAUGAUGCAAUAUGUUCAGCAACUCAUCAACCAGCUUGUUCAGAAGAAGAUGACUGGCUUCACCAUGUUGCACGACGCCAUGCUCCAAUAUUUCCUCAACACAACCCCUGGUACCCCCGAGGCUGCGGAGUUCCUCGAGCUGCUCAAGUCGGAUCUUGACGAGGAGAACGGUGGUGAUCUUCUCAAGAACUUGGCUUUCACAAAGAACGGCAGCCGUGUCGUGUGUCUGGCUCUUGGUUACGGAACUGCCAAGGACCGUAAGCUCAUCCUCCGUGUUUACAAGGAUGCUGUUGAGAUGAUGGCUCUCGAUGCUAAUGCACACACCGUUCUGCUUGCUGCCAUGGACACCGUCGACGACACAAAGAUGACUGCUAAAGCACUGUUCCCUGAGUUACUGGGCGAGAACAUCAAGGACGAGGCCGAACGCGAGAACCGCCUUGUUGACCUCAUUUCCCACUUGACCGCCCGUAUCCCGCUACUCUACCCUCUUGCUGGACAAGCUAAGUGGCUGGUUUCUGACGUUCAGAAGAACAUUAUUGCAGAGGUGCACUCUGUUCGUGAGGUCACCUCAAAGAAGAAUCCCGAGAUUCGCCGCGCAGAACUCAUCUCAUACAUGUCGCCCUACCUACUCCCUAUCAUCCAAACUCGCGCUGCCGACCUCGCAAGCGUCGGCUUCGGCUGCCAAUACAUCAGUGAAGUUCUCUUGGAGGCUCAAGGUGACAAGAAGGCAGCUUGCGAAGCUGUGAUUGCUUUGACCGAGGGUGACGUUACUUCCGAAGGACACAUUGCACAAAACGCUGCUGGCGGAAAGAUGCUAAGAGCAUUGGUCAGCGGUGGAAAGUUCGACCCCGAGACAAAGACAGUAAAGCUCGUCGAGCCUCGUCUUGGUUUCGGCGACAUGCUCUUCAAGUCACUCAAGGGCAAGUUCGUCGACUGGGCCACCAGUCCUUCAAGUUUCGUCGUUGUCCAAUUGCUCGAGAGCGAAGACGUCAGCGACGCAAACAAGAAGGUCGUCCGCGACGAGCUCGCCAAGGGCAAGAAGACUCUCGAAAAGGCAGCCAAGGGCGAGAAUGCACCCUCGAAAAAGGCACCCGUCGAGUCAGACGACAAGCAAAACAAGAAGAAAAAGAAGACGAGCGAGGGCCCGAGGGGCAAUGCAGGUGCAAAGAUUUUGCUUGAGAAGUUGAGCAAAUGAGUGUAAGGUCUCAUUCUUUUCCCAUGUCGUGUCGCUAUGUAUCCCUUCUGGAGGCAUUGGCCUCAAAAAUACCCAGCAGAGUUGUUACGUUUUCUCCUCAUCAUAUGUCAUCUACUCCGACUUGCAUAUCAUGUUGACUUACCAUCUUACGAAGUUUUUCUCGCUGUCUCCUCGUGUGAAAAUAUAAACCGUCUGUCC